AGUGCAAUAAGCGCAGUCGAUGCGAACAAACCUAAUGUCGAACGACGUGGAUAGACGAGCGGUAAAUAGCUCGACGUGCGAAUUAAUUUCGUGUAACGACAAGCAGCCGAAUUUAUGGAUAUUAACUCAACCUGUCGGCUAUAUUAUAUUACCAUGUGACGCACAAGGAAAAGAUAACGGCUGAAAGUCUGCGAUUUGCAGCAAACAUUGAACAUGUUCUAACACUUGUAGUAUCAUCUUCGGAUCAGCUGUCAUCAGCAGACGAUACACAGUAUCUGCUGCCGUUUACUGGAUCGUAAGGUCAUGGAAUUAAGUGAAACCAGUGUACAAAUAAGAGAUUGUUCCAUAGACUUUAUUCCCGUUUAUGUUAAGCAAGAGAACGAUGAACGUGAGACAGAUUUCAAUGAAGUUGAGAUAAUUAACGCGGCUCAACAUUUUUGUGCUAUCGAAAUUAAAGAAAGUAAGAGAUACGGUGCAGUUAUCGAAGGCAAAGAAUCAAAUACAAAUAGUAAAGAUUAUAUGCAAAAUGCAAGCUUAAAUAAUUUAAUCUCUACAUUAAAUCCCAUAGAACAAAAUGAAAAUUACAAUAUUAAUGGCAUUUUGAGUGGGUCAAUGUAUUUGCAGAAUUUAGACUAUGAAAAUGUGAAUAUAGAAAUACAAAAGCCGACGAGUCAAAUUUCAGAGAUAUUUAUCGAUCAUAACGAACAAAUACAAUCAGCUAAUUAUAGUAUUUCUGCAGUUACUAUACCAAGCGAGCUUCUAGGACUAAAUCUUAAUAUAAAAAAGGAAGAUGAACUAGAUCAAGAAACAGUUUACACCACAGAAUGGUUGUGUAAUGUAGACAACGAAAGCAAUCUUCGAUCGAAUCCUUCCAAAAAUGCCAAGAAACAGGUAGAAGUCCCUAUCAAUAUCGAAGCUACAAUAACACCAGUAACAGAAGAACAGAACCAAACGUCGGAAAAUGGCAAUAACGUGAAAACUAAGGAAAGUAAACAUGAGAGAUCUAAAAGACAACUGAAAAUAAGAUCUUUACAGGAUUAUAAAGAAAAACUACGACGAAAAGCAGAGUGUAUGAGAGAGAAAAGAAAAAAACUGUAUGAACAAGAAAGCGAAGAACAACGCCUAGAGAGAUUAGCGAAGGAAGCAGCGAAAAGACGAGAAAUGAGAAUGUAUUAUGAAACUCCGGAACAAAGAAGAAAAAGAUUAGAUGCGGAAGCAGCAAGAAAGAGAGAGUACAGAAUGUACAAUGAAACGCCAGAAGACAGAAGGAAGAGGCUCGAUCGCGAAGCGGAGAGAAGAAGAAUGAAACGGCUUUCGUUAUAUGCUACUGAAACUCCUGAAGAAAGGAGGGAGAGACUAAACAGAGAAUCUGCGAAACGAAGAGAGGCUCGACUGAAUCAGUAUGCUAAAGAAACUCAAGAAGAGAGAAAAGAAAGAUUAAGGAGAGAUGCCUUGAGAGUCAGAGAAAUGAGAUUUACUAGAUCUGCUAUAGAAACGGAAGAGGAGCGCAGGCAAAGGUUAGUAAAAGAUGCUAUUCGAAAAAGGGAGGUAAGAAUGCAUGGAGGCUACUCGGUGAAUAAUAAUUUCACUGAACUUCAAACGGUUCGCAAUUUUGAAGAAUUAAACAAUGUGCAGAUAAAGGAGAAUCCUGAUAAUCAAUUGGGAGGUCAUUAUUUGAGCAACUGGAUGAUGUGGUUCCAGAAUUCGUUAGCUCAGCCAGUUCAUAUAGGAGAACAAAUCGGCAAACCUCGAUUAGAAAAUAAUGGAUAAAGAUUUUUAUACGUUUAUAGUACUGUACAUAUGGUUUCUGAACAUUCGCAUACACAAUAGAACUAUACAGUGGCUGAACCAUCUGUAUUUCAUAUAAGCUUUUGAUACAACAUUUAUGCUUGAAAUACAGUGACAAAAUGUAAAAAAGAUACUGCAGCUCUUGCAACAACAUAAUGUUAAAUACGUAAGAUAUAUUAGCAAUAGUUAUUGUAUACAAUAGUUCUCGACUUACACGGUCAAUUUGUUCCAAAGUUUCUUUCAUAAAUUGAAUUGUAUGAAUAAUACGAGUCGAACAAUGCACACACACAAUAUGUAUAAGAAUAUACAUAGCGACACAAGUGUAAAUCUCCGGAUUCGUGUAACUCGAGAACUUACUGUAGGGUGCAACAUAAUUUGUCAUUAAUUAUGAUUACAAUAUUGUACCUUGGUAAGAGUGUAAAAACCUGUUAUUUUGUAUAUUUAUAUAUAUUGUAGAGAAUUUACCAAUUAAUAGAUAAUGCACACCCUUGAUAUAUUCAGUGCUAUUGAAUUUCAUGUGGUAAUUUAAAAGUAUGUAAAGCUUUUGUCCCCUUAAAAGAUGUACAAAGUAUAGUAAAAUUAUUGUGAUGUUAUAUUAUUCAAUGCAAAUAGAAGAAGAUUGUUGAAGUGUUAAUAUUGUAAAAAAUUAAAAUUGUAUGUUCGAGAGAUGACAAAAUAAUUCUUAACAGUGCCUUUUGUUCACUGUUUUACAAAAGUAAUUUUUAAUGUGAUUCCAGCAAUUUAUACAUGUGUGCAUCAUUUAGGCACGAGUGAAUAUUGAAUGAUUCUGAUUAAAAUGUGACUGUUUCCCAAAAUACGUGAAUGUACAUUAUUGUAAUGUAAUUUUUUCUACAGUUCCUUUGUAUUAAAAAAUACAAGAAAACAUAUUGUCACGUACUUUUAUCAAAUUUCUUA